GAGGAGGAUGUGAGACUGCGUUAGAGAAAUGAGAGAAAGCAGCCCUUCUGGGACACACACAGUGAGCAGCACAGCCUCGCCCGGGCCAGGACAGGAGCCCCCGGUGCAGAGCCGGGACGUGGGGCCGCAGAGGGACCGGACCAGGACGGUGCAGACAUGCCAUCGCCACGGAAGCAUUGGAGCGCUCAGAGGGCCUUGGAGCUGUGGGUGUGGACAGCGCUCUGCUGGGAUUUCUCUGCCUACCAUGGGACCGACGGCUGGACUUACCAUCAUUCCGAAGAACCCAUGAACUGGCCCAGAGCUAGAAGGUACUGCCAACAAAACUACACCGAUCUGGUUGCCAUACAGAACAAGGGGGAGAUUGAGUACCUGAACAGGACGCUGCCCUUCAGAAGCACCUACUACUGGAUCGGGAUCCGGAAGGUGGCAGGCGUGUGGACCUGGGUGGGGACCAACAAGUCCCUCACGGCCGAAGCCGAGAACUGGGGCGUCGGGGAGCCCAACAACAAGAAGUCGAAAGAGGACUGCGUGGAGAUGUACAUCAAGAGGAGCAAGGAUGCGGGCAAGUGGAACGACGACGCCUGCCACAAGCCCAAGGUCGCCCUGUGCUACACAGGUAGGGAGGCCCGUGGAGAGAGCCAGGACUCGCCGGGGAUGCUGGGCAGAGCGCCUGUGACAUCAGAACGCUUGCAGUUCUCCACACUGACCUUGCGAGCUCUGUAUCUCGGUUCGUGGCCCUGUCACCGCCCUGGUGCUCAGGUGGCCGUGCCUGGACUCACGAGCCACCAGGCCCUCUCACCUCCCAAUGCUGUCUCUCUUCUUAUUCAAGUGACACGGUGUGCGCCCCUGGAGGGCCCAGAGCUGGGCGCCAUGGCCUGCAGCCACCCGCUGGGGGACUUCAGCUACAGCUCGCGGUGCGCCUUCAAUUGCUCCGAGGGAACAGAGCUCGCCGGGGCGGAGGAAACCACCUGCGGGCCCUUUGGGAACUGGUCAUCUCUGGUGCCCACCUGCCGAGUGAUUCCAUGUGAUGCUCUAACAGCACCUGAUUUGGGGACCAUGGACUGUCAUCAUCCCCUGGACAACUUCAGCUUUAACUCCACGUGCACUUUCAACUGCUUAGAAGGAACUGAGCUCAUCGGAAAGACAAGAACUGUCUGUGAAUCGUCUGGAAUCUGGUCCAGCCCUCCUCCAAUAUGUCAGGAAUUGGACAGGAGCUUCUCCAUGAUCAAGGAAGGCGACUACAACCCCCUCUUCAUCCCAGUGGCAGUCAUGGUUACCGCAUUCCUGGGGCUGGCCUUUAUCAUCUGGCUGGCCAGGCGAUUAAAAAAAGGCAAAAAGUCUCAGAAGAGCAUGGAUGAUCCGUACUAAAUGACGCUCCGGGACCGAAAGCUCUCGAGAUCCUGGCCCAUCCCUGGAUCCUUCCAACCCUCCGCCGUUGAGAUGAUGCGUGUCUCGCUCAGUACAUCUGGAAAGGUUCUCCAGGGCCAGCAGCUUCUUCUGCCCCCGUCCCCUCCCCCCACCCACCCGCGCUGUGGUUUGUGUAGCUCAGUGUGUCUCUCUUCCCCGUGGAGGAACGAGACCACAGGGAAAGGAUUGCUGUGGAACAUAAAGACCCUGGUGUCGUGCUCUUUCUUGA